AUGGUUGUGGUGGCCUAUGGCGUCAGUAGCAGACAGCAAAAUUACAGGGUACGUGGUGCUCUGAUGUGUGGCGAUAAACCAGCGAAAGAUGUGCAAGUGAAAUUAGUCGAUGAUGAUUUUGGUCCGGACCCUGAUGAUGUGUUGGACUCGGGCUACACGGAUGCUAACGGAAAUUUCGAAUUGUUUGGCUCGACAGCGGAGCGAACCACCAUCGAUCCACAAUUAAGGUUCUAUCAUGACUGCAAUGAUGGGAUUACUCCUUGUCAACGACGAUGGAAGUUCGAACUACCAAAUCAAUAUAUCACCUCAGGUACGUCAUGUCAUUCUUUCUGA